AUGAGUACACAUCAUUCCUAUGACAUUUCUACUUCAAGAGUCAUCCCCACUCCGACUUAUCCAGCCAUUGUAGUAGCGAAUGACGAUUUUCUGCCACCGCCCACACCUCCUCAAGGAACGUCGGCAGCAGUAUCUUUUGCCUAUGGAUUAUUGGUGGGUCAAGUCAGUGUAUUGAUUGUGGUUGUAGCAUUUAUUAGAUUCUUUAUAUUUACAGAUACUUCUUCUGAAAGAAAAGAUUACGUCACAGCAUUGUCAAGGAGAGAUCAAAGAAACGCGGCAAAGCUCAUGGGCGCAAACAAUGUCCCUAGUGAGAAUGUUAUAAACACAAUUCUCGAGAAAACCUAUUACAACGUAGAAACACAUAAUGCCGAGUCGGUCGAUUGGUUUACAGUACUAAUUGCUCAAGUAGUCAGCCAAUUUCGCGAAGAUGCUCGAGCUGAUGAUAGCAUGCUAAGGAGUCUCAAUGAUUUGUUGAAUGGUGAUAUUAUUCCUGAUUUCAUUGAUAAAAUCCGUGUCACUGAACUAAAUAUCGGUGAUGAUUAUCCGAUUUUCAGCAAUUGCAAGAUUUUGUAUAACCGAAACGAAUUAGGGCAAAGUCAAGGCCAAGAUGGCUUAGAAGCCCAGAUCGAUGUAGACCUUACUGAUACAGUUACUCUGGGCAUUGAAACAAGACUGUUGCUUAAUUUUCCAAAGGCUCUAUUUGCAGUGUUGCCAGUAUCGCUAUCUGUUUCAAUUGUUCGUUUUUCUGGUACAUUGUCUGUUUCAUUAAGGAAAUCACCAGCAGUACCAAAAGCACCUAAUACCGUACCAGCCUCCUCCAACCGUAGUGCAAAUGCUACAUCAACGUCUAAUUCAGAUGAUGCAAAUGAUGGCACAACAUACCUGUCUUUCUCAUUUGAUCCAAAUUAUAGAUUGGAAUUCGACAUCAAGAGUUUGGUUGGUGCAAGGUCUCGUCUCCAAGACAUUCCUAAGAUUGGACAGUUUAUCGAGUCGAGACUAAGAAAGUGGUUCACUGACCGUUGUGUUUCUCCUAGAUGUCAGCAGAUUCCUCUACCUAGUUUUUGGCCUCGUAGUAAAACGACUGCGGUGGUGCCUCCUGCGACCAAUGCUAACACCAAUGGUACCAAUAAUGUUAACCCGUCUGGUGUUAAUGGCUUACCACCGUCAAGCCCUCUGGUGCUUCCUGUCGAUGUGGCCGAGUCCCUGCGAAGAAGACGACAAAGUCAUCUCGAAGUCCGCUAG